AUGAAGAUCAGAGUGUGCCAAGGCGUUAGUGGCAUCAUCAUAAUCACCAUGGUUACCAGUUUUAUGUUGGUGUAUAACAGCAGCUCUGGGGACAGAUUAGCAUCCUCGUCAGCACUGCCGUUGUCGUCCCAGCGUUCAGAUGGACCUCCUCCAUCCAGACGGCCACAGAGCCCCCCGAUAUCAACACUGGAGGGAUACACAGGUGUCAUGGAUCAUAAGCAUCUGAAGAUGCACUGCAGAACAUGUGCCUUGGUGACCAGCUCCGGCCAGCUAACAAGAAGCAGGAGAGGAGAAGAAAUUGACAGCUCAGAGUGUGUAAUCCGUAUGAAUGACGCCCCAAACAUAGGCUAUCAGCUGGACGUCGGUCGACGCACAAGCCUGCGUGUCAUAGCUCACUCCAGCAUGCAGAGGGUACUACAGAACCGACAGCAGCUGUUCAAUGUGAGCCAAGACACGGUGUUCAUCUUCUGGGGACCCAGCAGUUGCAUGAGACGAGACGGAAAAGGACAUGUGUACAACAGCCUCAGGCUUUUAAAACAGCUGCUGCCCAAUCUUAAAAUCUACAUCAUAUCCAGGGUCAAAAUGCUGAAGUUUGAUGAACUUUUUAAAAAGGAAACAGGGAUUGAUAGGAGGAGUUCAAACUCCUGGCUGAGUACAGGGUGGUUUACCAUGAUCAUCGCCCUGGAGCUGUGUGAUCAGAUCAACGUGUACGGCAUGGUGCCUCCUGAUUACUGCAGAUCCUCCUCUCAUCCCUCUGUGCCGUAUCAUUACUAUGAGCCUUCAGGGCCCAACGAGUGCUCCAUGUACCUCUCCCAUGAGAGGAACCAACGAGGAAGCCACCACCGUUUCAUCACGGAGAAGACAGUAUUUGCAAACUGGGCUCGAACCCUCAACAUCUGCUUCUAUCAGCCCGACUGGAAGCCUGCUGCCGUCAUCGCUGCCGUGAAUAGCUCGUCCUCUCCUGUUCCUGCUGGAUCCUGA